AUGUCGGAGUAGACGACACUCUAACCACCAUCCUAAUCAGCGCUGUAGCACCGCCGGGACGGGCCCCGCGACGAACGCCCGCCCGCCCGCCUGCCUCCUCCGCCACCUACUAGAGCAACCACUUACUUGCUCGACAGCGUGGCUAGCUAGCUAGCUCCGCUCCACGUCCAGAUCACUCGAGUAGGCCGGGCGGGGCGCUUCGAUUCCUCUCCCAGUUCCGUUCGUUGGUUUUGUUUGUUUUCGAUGUUGGUGCGCUUUUUCUGUUGCUUAUAAUGCUGUGUGAUCUUGGCAGAUGGUGUAAGCGGGGGCAGGGAACUGCGGAGAGGAGGGGGAGUGAGAGAGGAGAGGACAAGGAGCGAGAGAAAUGGGGGCGAUUGGAGGCGACGCGCCGGUGCAGUGGGACAAGGUGGAUGGGGCCGAGGUGGCCAAUGGCGGCGGUGGAGGUGCUGCGGGAAGGCUGGAGAAGAUACUGGUCUCGGUGAGGCUGAGGCCGCUCAGCGACAAGGAGAUUGCGAGGGGGGACCCGGCGGAGUGGGAGUGCAUCAACGACACUACCAUCAUCUCCCGGAGCACCUUCCCGGACCGGCCCACUGCUCCGACUGCAUAUUCAUUUGAUAGGGUAUUUCGUUCUGACUGUAAUACCAAAGAAGUAUAUGAUGAAGGGGCCAAAGCAGUUGCCCUCUCUGUAGUUAGUGGCAUUAACUCAAGUGUUUUUGCAUAUGGUCAAACAAGUAGUGGAAAAACAUACACCAUGACUGGAAUAACGGAACAUACAGCAGCAGAUAUCUAUGAUUACAUUGCCAAGCAUGAGGAGAGAGCAUUUGUAUUGAAAUUUUCAGCAAUUGAAAUAUAUAACGAAGUUGUAAGGGAUCUUCUUAGUGCAGAAAGCACAUCACUUAGACUCUGGGAUGAUGCAGAGAAGGGAACAUAUGUAGAAAACCUUACAGAGGUGAUCUUGAGGGAUUCAAACCACCUGAAAGAACUUAUUUCUGUGUGUGAAGCUCAAAGGAGGACCGGAGAGACAUACUUAAAUGAAAACAGCUCCAGAUCACACCAAAUACUUAAACUGACUAUCGAAAGUUCUGCUCGUGAGUUCUUGGGUAAGGACAAGUCAACAACACUUGUUGCUAGUGUGAACUUUGUUGAUUUGGCUGGAAGUGAACGUGCAUCUCAGGCAUUAUCAGCUGGGGCUAGGCUGAAGGAAGGUUGUCAUAUUAAUAGAAGUCUACUGACCCUAGGAACUGUGAUUCGGAAACUAAGCAAGGUAAGAAAUGGACACAUACCAUACCGAGAUUCAAAGCUCACACGCAUAUUAGCCUUCUCUAGGAGGCAAUGCAAGAACAGCUAUUAUUUGUACAAUGAGCCCAGCCCGAAGCCAUAUGGACAGUCAAGGAAUACCUUGUUGUUUGCAAGUUGUGCAAAGGAAGUGGUGACAAAUGCCCAGGUUAAUGUGGUUAUGUCUGAUAAAGCACUAGUUAAGCAAUUACAAAAAGAACUUGCAAGGUUGGAGAGUGAAUUGCGAUGCCCAACUUCAUAUUCUGGUCUUGAAGCAUUAGUGAAGGAAAAAGAUAAUCAAAUCCGGAAGAUGGAGAAAGAAAUUAAGGAACUGAAGUUACAACGUGAUCUCGCUCAAUCUAGACUGCAAGAUUUGCUCAAGGUUGUUGGAGAUAGCCACAGUUCGAAGCAUCCCCUGGCUUCUUCUGGAAGAAACUUUACUUUUGAUGUUCCUCAGCCAUGUGAGGAUGAGCGAUCGACGACAUCAGAAGUUGUCAGCAGUGGCCAAAAUUUUAGGCUUCAAGGACGCCAGACAAUACAAAGAGAUUAUAGGUCCCAGCAAUCUGAAAAUGAUGUGCAGUUUGCUACCCCUCUUAGCUAUUCAGUCAGUAGUCCCCCAUUCAGUGGGAUGCCCCCAACUAAUGGCAGAGAUGAUAACUCUCAAAUAUCUAAUGAAGAUUCAGAGGAUCUUUGCAAAGAAGUACGGUGCAUAGAGACCAAUGAAACAGAAGAAAAUGAAUGUUUAGAGUCAUCAGCUGUGGGAAGCAAUAGUCUGCAAGAUUCAAAUGUAGCUUCCAGCAUGCAAGGGGGUAAUCAUCCAAAUCGAUCUGUGAAUUCUAGACAGCAUGAUGCAUCUCCUAUUACCCUGGAACAACAUUUGGAGAAUGUCAAAAAACCGUUUGCCAAUCUUGGCAUGGAUCUGGGAUCCUCUACGCAUAACUCAUCAAGGUCAAGAGUAAUUGGCAGAAGCAGGAGCUGUAGGUCUCUGAUGAGUUCUACUUUGUUGGAAGACUUGGAGAAAGAAGAUUGCACCCCUCCAAGCAGAAGUUUCAUGGACUACCCAGGGAGACCAGAAACAUGUCAAAGAAGGGUACCUGCACUGAACUAUGAUGCAGAGAGUGAAACUUUAUCCAGAGCAGGAUCAAUGCUAUCUGAAAUUAUCACCACGAGGGAUGGACUGAAGGGAAACAGCUCUGUUGCUGGUGAUACAGAAUUUGUUGCUGGCAUAGGUGAAUUUGUCGCGGAGCUAAAAGAAAUGGCUCAGGUACAGUAUCAGAAGCAACACGGUGAUCAGGGUGAUAAUGGAGAAUUGGCCGAAGGGACCAUAAGGAGCGUGGGUCUGGAUCCCAUUAUGGAUGCCUUGCAAUCGCCUUCUCGCUGGCCAUUAGAAUUCGAGAAGAAACAACAAGAGAUCAUUGACCUGUGGCAUGGAUGCAACGUUUCCUUGGUCCACAGGACUUACUUUUUCCUGCUGUUCAAAGGGGACCCAGCCGACGCCAUUUACAUGGAAGUGGAGCUUAGGAGGCUAUCAUUCCUCAAAAAUACCACAUAUUCCAACGGAAGCAUGGGGCGUAACGUGGUGGUAGCAGGCAGUCCGAGCACUUCUCUGGUCUCAAGUGCAAAGAAGCUGCAACGUGAGAGGGAGAUGCUCUGCAGGCAGAUGCAGAAGCGGCUGACGAUCCAGGAACGUGAGAGCUUGUACACCAAGUGGGGAGUCUCGCUGUCCUCCAAGAGGAGGCGUCUGCAGGUCGCUCGCCGCCUUUGGACGGAGACCAAGAACCUGGAGCAUGUGAGGGAGAGCGCGUCCCUCGUGGCCAGACUGAUCGGGCUCCUGGAGCCUGGCAAGGCGCUGAGGGAGAUGUUUGGUCUCAGCUUCGCGCCGCAGCAGUUCACCCGGAGAUCGCACAGUAGUUGGCGAUAUGGCCGUUCUUCUCUAGACUGACUGAACUCGAAAGACGCAGCUGACAAAAAAAAAAGUCUUUUUCGUUUUGUGUAAUAGGUUGUUGUUGCCCUGUUGGAAAUAGAACAUUUUUGUGAUUAGUUCGCGAGGAAAUUUGCCUGGUACCAUUAUCAAGAUUUACACUUGUUUACA